CCCUCUUUUAACCCCAAAGUUUCAAAGAAUACCCCAGACCAUCGAGGUAAUGGAUCCGUCCAGGUUGCGCGUACCCAUUGGUGGUACACCUUUCACUACAGCUCCCUCCAGCAGUCAGGAUACGCCCGACGAGGCGGACCAAGACGAUAACGAACAUUUCAUACCUUCAGAGCGCGAUAUACCAGAAAUACCAGAUUCAUCAGCACCAACACCCUCUUCAGCCAUUCAUUUCAUGACUGGCUCCGGAAGAAGAAAUGUGGAGGAAUCCAAUGUACCGUUUAAACGAGCUAUGGCCUCCUUUGAAAAUCUAGUCGCGCUGGCGAAUUCGCAAGAAGCAUUGAGAAACGUCUUGGCGAACAGAAAAGAGACCUUGAAAGGCGCAAGAAAGAUGGUCUGGAGAGAUAGAGGAGAACCGGUCGCCGAACUCGCGGACGGUGAAGAAUGUUUGAAGUGGGCUGUUAAGGGUGGCCUUCGUGCCGCUGGUUUGGCUUUCAACAUAAGAGCUUGCUUUAGCCUCGUAUUAGCUCUGAUCAGGAUUCGGUCUGUACCACGAAAUUAUCGAUUUGCUCUCAUUAGACGUGCAAUAUUUGGGCUGGACACUUGGAGAUUUGCAGCUAUGCUUGGCACCUUCGUAUCGUUGUAUAAACUUGUUCUUAAUGCGCUCCCUCUCUACGUACCCUCGAAACCCCAUCGAGAGUACACUUCAGCUUUUUCAGACAACGACGAGACCGAGAAUGACGAUACCCUACCUAUGACAUCGUUCGAUGUCCCAGUACCCCCAACUCCGGGCGGACCCCUGUACACGAAAACCCAGCGGCCCAAGCGGACUGAACGUCUGUCGUUAUCCACGCAAGCUCAGCGCAUAAUGGUACGGAAGAAGACAAAGCGUUGGCACGCUGCCCUCGCAGGCGCCAUUGCGGGUGGUCUGGCCGUGAUGUGGGAAAAGCGAGGUAGAAGAGUUACCGUCGCGCAACAGAUGUUUGUUCGCGGCCUUCAAGGAUCCUAUAAUUCUUACACAACAAAGAGAAACGUCCAUGUUCCCUAUGGUGACGUCCUCGUCUUCUCGCUGGCAUGCGGACAAAUCCUUUAUACCUGGCUAUUGCGACCAGGCACACUUCCGCGCUCAUACGAACGAUGGGUGGGUAAUGCAUCGAAAGUGUCUGAUCCGGCACUACGAAUGAAUUAUGAUCUAGUAAAAUUCGGAAAGCUGGACAUCAAGGAUAUCGAAGAAGCUCUUGAACUACCACAACUCACCGCUGAGAACGCCUCUCGCCUCCUUGACCUCAAGAAGUUGUUCUUCGCCGAUCCUUCGUCCCUGCCCCCAGAUCAAUACAUCCCAAACUAUGGUCCAUGCGCGGCUAUCCAUCCCGCUGAAACGUCUUGUUUUUCUGUCCCUCCUGCUCGCUUCUUCCAGGUUUUCAAAUGGAUGUUACCGGUUUACGGUGCUCUACAUCUCAUACCUCCGGUCUUGUUUAAAUGGAAGACGUUUACAAAAGAUCCAUCGAGGGUUCUUACGAAGGCCAUUAUCGGGACCGGGCGAAGUAGUGCGUUUUUGGGAGUGUUUGUGAUUAUAUAUCAAUCUAUCAAUUGUUUCAAUCACCAACUACACGAAUAUUUAUUCACUCGCUUGAGUCCAAGCUCCUCCGUCUAUUCACUCAUUCACAAUGUCAUCCCAAGGUGGCUUAUUGAUUUAUUACUCACGUCCAAGUGGUCGUUCUGGCUUCCCGGCUUCCUCUCCGGACUGGCUUUGUUCAUUGAGGAAAAGCGCCGUCGACCGGAGCUGGCCAUGUAUGUCUUGCCAAAGGGUCUGGAGGCGACAUGGUUAAUCACCACCGGGAAGGUUGGCUUCAAGCAGGGAAGGAAGGGAAAGUUCGCGGGGGAGGCACUGUUGACCGCUGUGGGCAUGGCUAUGGUGAUGAGCACAUACCAGAAUGACCCACAACAUUUGUCUGGUUUGGUGAGGAGGAUGUUGUACCAGUUUGUAGGACCUAAUUAGUUUUGUGUAAACAUCCACGUCCCCGAA